AUGGCCUCAGACCACCAGACCCAAGCGGGCAAACCACAGCCCCUCAACCCCAAGAUCAUCAUCUUUGAGCAGGAGAAUUUCCAGGGCCACUCGCAUGAGCUCAGCGGGCCCUGCCCCAACCUGAAGGAGACUGGCGUGGAGAAGGCGGGCUCUGUCCUGGUGCAGGCUGGACCCUGGGUGGGCUACGAACAAGCCAACUGCAAGGGUGAGCAGUUUGUGUUCGAGAAGGGCGAGUAUCCCCGCUGGGACUCAUGGACCAGCAGCCGGAGGACGGACUCCCUCAGCUCCCUGAGGCCCAUCAAAGUGGACAGCCAAGAGCACAAGAUCAUCCUCUAUGAGAACCCCAACUUCACAGGAAAGAAGAUGGAAAUCAUAGAUGAUGAUGUGCCCAGUUUCCAUGCCCAUGGAUACCAGGAGAAGGUGUCAUCAGUGCGGGUGCAGAGUGGCACGUGGGUCGGCUACCAGUACCCUGGCUAUCGCGGGCUCCAGUACCUGCUGGAGAAGGGAGACUACAAGGACAGCGGUGACUUUGGGGCUCCCCACCCCCAGGUGCAGUCCGUGCGCCGCAUUCGCGACAUGCAGUGGCACCAACGGGGCGCCUUCCACCCCUCCAACUAGUGCCCGCCUUUCCCUCCUUCCCAGGGGCUUGGUCUGCUGCCCAGGA